GCUAUCACAUCAGAUUUUUCUUUUUGGGAUUUGUUUACAGCUAUUUUCUUUUCGAUUUUGGAUAGGAACGCUAGCUUGGCAUUGAUAAUCGUUUUGCAAUUUGUACACGAAUAGCUUUCUGGCUAGAAAUAAAUACUUCCGGGAUAAAAGGAGAAGGAGAAGAAGCAGAAGGAAAAGGGAGAAGCUUUCAUCACGAUGGUUCAUCAGAACACUCAGAACGAUUCAAGAAGAAAGAAGGUGCUUGUUGAUGAGCAAUUUCCUCUGCUAGUGAAUGAGAAAGAUGUGGGUUCUCAGGGGGCAUCUUUUAGUGGGUCAGUGUUCAAUUUAUCUACCACCAUUAUUGGAGCUGGAAUUAUGGCCUUACCUGCUGCCAUGAAAGUUCUGGGAUUGGGUUUGGGAAUUAUUGCCAUAGUCUUUCUUGCGUUGCUUACGGAGACUUCCUUAGAGAUUCUGAUAAGGUUUAGCAGAGUAGGAAAGGCUGAGACCUAUGGGGAAGUAAUGCGUUUUGCCUUUGGAAGUGUUGGAAGAUGGGCUUUUCAGUUAUGCGUUCUGCUUAACAAUUUUGGAAUUCUCGUCGUCUACGUGAUCAUAAUUGGUGAUGUGCUAUCUGGAACAUCUUCAAGUGGAACUCAUCAUGCUGGUGUAUUGGAAGGAUGGUUUGGCGAAUACUGGUGGACUGGGCGUACUUUUAUUCUCCUUGUGGCAACCCUAUUUGUAUUUACUCCUUUGGCAUUCUUCAAGCGGAUAGAUUCGUUGAGAUAUACUUCCGCUUUAGCGGUGGCACUGGCAAUUGUAUUUAUAGUCAUAACGGCGGGGAUAACAUUUAUAAAAUUGUUUAAUGGUAGCAUUACCAGACCCAGGUUGCUCCCUAAUGUUACCGAUUUUACGUCUGCCUGGAAGCUCUUUACAGCAACCCCUGUUCUUGUGACAGCGUUUGUCUGUCAUUACAAUGUGCACACAAUAGACAAUGAGCUAGCAGACUCUUCCUCGAUACAUAAAGUUGUACGUGCUUCUCUGGUUCUAUGUUCCAGUGUCUAUAUAUUUACGGCCUUAUUUGGGUUUCUUUUGUUUGGUGAAUCAACCCUUGAUGAUGUGCUGGCCAACUUUGAUACUGACCUUGGCAUCCCUUACAGCAGCCUGCUCAAUGACAUCGUUCGCCUCAGCUAUGCCCUCCACCUUAUGCUUGUUUUCCCAGUCAUCUUCUUCUCACUGCGCUUCAAUUUUGAUGAUUUACUUUUCCCUUCAGCUAGGUCAAUGGAUUUAGAUAAUGUUAGGUUUGUGUUGAUCACAACUGGACUCAUCUCUUUUAUAUAUGUGGCGGCAAAUUUUAUACCUAGCAUUUGGGAUGCUUUCCAAUUCACUGGAGCAACUGCUACUGUUUGCCUAGGGUUCAUUUUUCCUGCUGCAAUUGCUCUAAGGGAUCCUAAUGGUAUUGCAACAACGAAAGAUAAGGUUUUAUCUGUUGUCAUGAUUGUGCUGGCUGUGUCCUCAAAUGUGAUGGCCAUAUACAGUAAUGCCAAUGCUAUCUUUAGUAAACAUGUUGAUCCUCAUGAAUGAUCACUUAUAUUGGCUUGGUAAGAAUGGACGGAUAAGACCCUUUUCUUGGAACAAACAUUUUCGUGGCCUCUGACUAUCCAGUGAGAGUUUUGAGAUCAAGAGUUUCCUCACUAAUGGAAUCAAAUGACAAAGAACUUGUUCAAGAAUUGGUUGUUGCAUAUUUCUCCUUGUAUUGCAAGAAUUAAAUUAAAUUAAAUUAAUUAUAAUAAUUAUAUUUCAUGGUUUUUUCGGCCGUGAUUUGGGUGA